GUAUUCAGUAUUGAAAUCUGAUUAGCAAAUGGAUAUGAAUCACCAGAUAAUUGAAAUAUCUUUCAUUUCAAAAAAUGUUCUGUGUAGACAAAACGAAAGUGUUUGAGUGAUGAUAGUGAGUAGUAGUAGAUAGAAUUCUAAUAAAUACUUUUGGUUGAAGUAAUUUGUGUGUGAAAUAUGUUAGCACCUGGGAUAAGGGUUGUUAGAGGUCCAGAUUGGUCUUGGAAUAAUCAAGACGGAGGCGAGGGCCACUGCGGGACUGUUUGCGAAAUAGGCAGUGCCGGAUCGACGCACUCGCCUGAAUUAACAGUGGUCGUUUGUUGGGACGCCGGUCUGAGGACGAACUACAGGACAGGACAUCAGGGCAGAUACGAUCUGAGGGCUGUCGAUAAUGCACAGACAGGUGUCGUCCAUCCGAACAUAAUCUGCGACGAGUGCAAAAGGAACGGCCUGGCGGGCAUAAGGUUUCGCUGCGCGACCUGUCCGGACUACGACCUGUGCGUUUCGUGUUACGGUGACGAUAAACACGAUAUCGAACAUCCAUUCAUAAGAUACCAGACACCCAACAGUCCGGGAGUACAAGUAGGACCUAGAAAAAAUGCAGUCAAAAUCCAACUCAAAGGAAUAUUUGUUGGUGCUAAAGUUGUUCGUGGAACAAAUUGGGAAUGGGGUAAUCAAGACGGAGGAGAAGACGGAGGCGAGGGCCACUGCGGGACUGUUUGCGAAAUAGGCAGUGCCGGAUCGACGCACUCGCCUGAAUUAACAGUGGUCGUUUGUUGGGACGCCGGUCUGAGGACGAACUACAGGACAGGACAUCAGGGCAGAUACGAUCUGAGGGCUGUCGAUAAUGCACAGACAGGUGUCGUCCAUCCGAACAUAAUCUGCGACGAGUGCAAAAGGAACGGCCUGGCGGGCAUAAGGUUUCGCUGCGCGACCUGUCCGGACUACGACCUGUGCGUUUCGUGUUACGGUGACGAUAAACACGAUAUCGAACAUCCAUUCAUAAGAUACCAGACACCCAACAGUCCGGGAGUACAAGUGGGACCUAGAAAAAAUGCAGUCAAAAUCCAACUCAAAGGAAUAUUUGUUGGUGCUAAAGUUGUCCGUGGAACAAAUUGGGAAUGGGGUAAUCAAGACGGAGGAGAAGGUCAAGUUGGUCGUGUGAUGGACAUCCGAGGUUGGGAUAACGAAUCAAUUAGAUCAGUAGCUCAUGUUAGUUGGGUUACAGGAUCCACUAAUGUUUAUAGGCUUGGGCAUAAAGGUAAUGUCGAUUUGAAGUAUGUGCAAGAAUCUAGUGGAGGUUAUUACUACAGAGAUCAUAUGCCUGUUUUAGGUAAAUCUGAGCCAGGACAUCCGACCAGAUUAAAAAUGAGUACAAAAGCCACAAACAAUGGCACCUGUAAUAAUUCCUUUUUCGCCGUCGGCGAGCGAGUUAAAGUCGUCAUGGAGCAGGAGCCAUUGAAACAAAUGCAGCAGGGUCAUGGUGGAUGGAAUCCUAGAAUGGCCCAGUAUAUAGGAAAGAUUGGCACAGUGCAUAGAGUAACUGAACGUGGAGACAUUCGCGUCCAAUAUGAAGGCUGUUCGAAUCGAUGGACGUUUCAUCCUGCAGCCUUGGUUCGAGUGGAUGGAACAGCAGCUGCCCCAAUAAAUGGUGUCAACGAUGGUGCAUCAACAUCAACUCAUCCCCAUCAACAUCAACAGCCUACAGGAAGGCAGACGUUCAACAUCGGAGACAAAGUCAGGGUCAUCUGUGAUGCCCAAGCCGUCAGAACUUUGCAAAGAGGUCAUGGGGAAUGGGUCGAAGAUAUGUUGCAGGCUUUGGGAAAAACAGGCGUAGUAACAAAAGUCUACAGCGACGGCGACUUGCGCAUCGAGAUUGAAAAGAAAACUUGGACUUUGAAUCCACAAUGUGUAACUUCACUGAAUCUGCCUUUAAAUACAUCAACAUCACCUCAAAGAUUAGCCACGAUGAAUCCAGAACGAUGUAACAGCAUGGCUGAUUUGAGUCAUCACAGGAACGAACCAGUUUUAACGCCUUUACCAGUUAUGGCCAGCAGUACAGGUUUUGAUAAAUUGGUUCGAGAAGCUGCACAAGGCAAUAUGGAUUACGUUAAAAAAUACAUAGAACAACAUCCCGAUCAGGUGGAUGCGAGAAGUGGUGGCAAAUCUUGUUUGCAAGUAGCAGCUCAUCAGGGUCACUUAAAUUUGGUCAAAUAUUUAUUAGAUAAAGGUGCCGAUGUGAAUCAGACUGAUAAUGAUAAGGAUUCAACGUUGCAUUAUGCAGCUUUUGGUAACCAACCAGAGGUAAUGGAAGUAUUAUUAAAAGCUGGAGCCCAUAUAAACGUACUGAACGCUUCCAAAUGUACUGCCCUGCAUAUAUCAGCCCACAAAAAGCCACCACAUUGUGUUAAAGUCUUACUGAAAUAUGGAGUCGACGUCAAUAUACAAGAUUCAUACGGAGAUACUGCACUCCAUGAUGCCAUUGGCAAGGACAGUGCUGAAGUUAUCGACUUAUUAUGCAACACUCCUGCUUAUGAUGUGACAAUUCAAAAUCAUCGUGGUUUCAACGCUUUGCACCAUGCGGCUCUAAAAGGCUCUCUAACUGCCACAAUACAACUUUUGAGGCGUGCCAGACAAUUGGCGGAUUCUAGAAAGGCAGGGUUUGCUGCAAUACAUUUGGCGGCUUUGAAUGGACACGCUGCGGUCGCUAGGGCUCUCAUAGAACGCGGGGGCGCCGAUAGAGACUUGACAAAUGCUAGGGGACAGACUGCUUUGCUGUUGGCCGUAUCCCAAGGUCAUUGCAAUGUGAUAGAAACCCUAGUAUCGCUCCGUUGCUCCUUAACGGCUCGUGAUGAAGACGGAGACACUGCUCUGCAUUUAGCGAUAAUAAAAAGUGUAGCAGAUGCACCUCUGCCCUUACAGUCGGAUGCACCAUGUAUAAGGGCUCUUUGUGAUCACCAGAAACUGGCAACAUUGACUGAACAUCGAGUAGGGAUGGCUAUUGCUUGCUAUUUAACCAGAGAAGGAUGUCAGCUGGAUGCCAGGAACGGGAAGGGAAAGACUGCUCUGGAGUUGGUGCAGAAUGAGGAAUCGAGAAAGAUUCUGAUGUACUUCCGCUCCAAGCGGCCGCCUCCUGCAGCUCCACCAAUGAAACAGGUGCCCCCAUUGCCCGUGGGACGCUCCUCGAUGAACAUCAGUGGCCCAUCGCAUUCUCAUGGAAAUAGUAAUGCUGUCUCUGUCAAUAAUUUGCCACAGAAUUUGAUGACACUCUCAUUGAAUGAGAGGCAGUCUAAAAUUAAGCACAAUGAGAACGAGAAUGAACAGUUGGAGAUGCCCAGCGAAUGCAUGGUCUGUAAUGAACUUAAAAUCCGGUCCAAUCUUCGAGCCCUGCGGCACAAGAUAGCCUGCGACGACUGCGCUUCCAGAAUGAAAAAAUGUGUCCUCUGUUCCUAA